GAAAAAAAAAAUCCGAUUUUUAAUACCAAUAUUAAUUUGAAUGUGUUUGUUUUAUAAGUAGUACAGCAUUAUAUAUCGUUAAAUUAAUAAUAUUCAUAAAGUUGUUAGUUGUGCAGUGUAAUAGGCAAUAGCUAUCCUACUUCUGUUUCUUGCGUGAUAUUCAACAAGCAGACGGUAUUUAUCGAAAUAUUUUUGAACGGUUGUUGCCACACCUUUAACCACACAUCGGAUUAUAAUUGCCACCACAACAUCGUAUUGAACACACGCUCGACCAAUUUGAACGUGUUAACAUAUGAUAGUUUUGCGUUGUUGCGUUAUAAAUUGCGUUAUAAAACUUAAUAAUUAAUUAAUUAUACUAUUUAUCUGAGUCUGUGUUAAAACGAUAUAAUUACUGUAAAUUUAAAUUUUCCGAUAGUAAAUUGGAUCAGUAAUAUCGAAUUGAAGUGAUAACCGUUUUAUUGGAUAAAUGGAUAUUGAAGUAUUAACUUUGGCUAGGAACUCCAGAUAAAGGGUUAUUAUUUUAUGCAUUAUUUUGGUUAUGCAUGCGUAGUGCAUAUUAAACACGAUGGAAACAAAUAAUUCAAAAGAAGACAUGAAUUCUAUGUGUCUUAUAAGUACUCAACCGUCACACUCGGAUAAAGCUAUCAAAAACUUCGAAGUAGAAAAUUCUAAAUGUUUGAUAACGAAAUCCGUAAAUUUAGACCAAGCUAUGGAAAUUAUUGGAUUUGGAAGUUUUCAUUAUUACAUACUAUUCAUUUGCGGAUCGCUUUUCGCAACUAUCUCCAUUAGCGUGACGUCAGUAUCCUUCAUUAUACCGUCAGCACAAUGUGAUUUUCAAAUGACUUCUAUCCACAAAGGAAUUCUUAAUGGUGCUUCAAUGAUUGGAAUGUUCUUUGGAUGUUUUAUUUCGGGUUACUUGGCAGAUUCCAAAGGCAGAAAGUAUACAUUGAUUCUUUGCAUGAUGAUUGAUAGUAUCUUCAACCUCAUAUCCAGCAUAUCUCAAAUUUAUCCAAUAUUAAUAUUUUGCAAGUUAAUGAGUGGAUUUGGGAUAUCUGGUGUUACUGUAUUUUAUUCAUAUCUUGGAGAGUUUGUGAGUACCAAAGAUCGCGAAAAAUUUCUAUGUUGGAUGGAACUGUUUUGGACAUUUGGUGUAAUUUUACUUCCAUGCAUAGCAUGGUUAGUUAUACCACUAACAUUUAGAAUCGAGUACGGUUUCUUUUUGUUCAGGUCAUGGAAUUUAUUUAUAAUAAUUUGUGCGCUUCCCAGUUUAAUAUUUUCAUGUUUCUUGGCUAAAUUACCGGAAAGUCCAAAAUUCUUACUUGCCAAAGGUAAACACGACGAGACCAUCGACUGUUUAAAAUUUGUUUAUAGAUGGAAUAAUAAGACUGAUGAUAAUUUUCCGGUGACUUCAUUAACGUUACCAGAUUACAUUUAUGAACAGAGUAAUAAAAGCUUCAUUUAUGGACUCUACAAUAGUAUUUCGGAUCUGUUUACUUCUAAAUUCAAAGUUGUGGCUAUUCUUACAUGUGUGAUACAAUUUUGUUGUACAGCUAGUUUUUACAUGAUGGUUUUGUGGUUCCCAGAGCUGAUGAAUAGAUUUCGAUGGUACGAAACAUUAUAUUCAGGUCCCCAAAAUAUGACAAAUAUGUGUGAAAUUGUGUCUCUGUUUAAAAUUGAACCUGAAGAGAUCGAUCUUAAAUGCAACGAUGAAAUAAAUCAAUCUGUAUACGAGAACAUACUCAUUAUUGGCAUAGCAUGUAUACCUACUAGUAUAAUUGUGCCACUGUUAGUCAACAAAUUUGGAAUUAAGUUGUUCUUAGUGUUGAGUUUUUUUGGGUCAGCAAUGUCCUCCGCUUGUUUGUACUUCAUUACAUCUUCAUUUGAGAACAUUGUGUUAUCCUCCAUAUUUGAAGCUCUUUCCAGCUUGGGUAUUGGUCUAAUAUUUUGCAUAAGUGUUGAGCUGUUUCCUACAGAGUUUAGGGGUGUUGCUGUAGCUAUUGGUUCCAUGUUUGGCAAAGUAGGCGCAGUUAUUGGUAACAUCGUAGUUGGUAUUUUUAUUGAUGCUCAUUGUAUGGUUCCUAUUUUAGUAUCGUGCUCUUUGUUGAUUAUUUCAGCAAUAUUAGUAUUAACAUUACCGAGAACUGGAAAGACUGCCAUAAAAUGAAAAUGUAAUAAUAAAUAAGAGAACUUUAAAUUUGUGCUAUUAAAAAAAAAAAAAAAUUACAU